AUGGCUGACCAGCUGCGGAGAAGGUGGAGCAGCCUGGUGCGAAGUGCUGAUGAUGGUGGAAGUCAUGCGGCGCAGGAUGUACUCCUCGUUGAGACGGCGGCGAAGACGCCAGUAGAAGAAGCGUCGAGAGCUGCUCCACUCGAGAACAUCGCGAAUGGCGCCCUUGGCCUUCAUACGUCCAGCACGAUCGUGAAGAUCAGCGAACUGAAUAGCGAUCUGAGAGUAAACAGGCAGCAACUCCUUCUCGCGGGCAGCCAUCUUCUUCUUAAUCUCGUCGGUCUGCUCGGUAGACAGGCUAGAGUCAUCAAGCUGCUUCUUGAGUCCAGCAUAGGUAGGAUCCAUGCGGAUGAUGGUCUGGAUCUGCUUCUGCUUGCGGUACUUGAUACCAAUCAUACCCUCGGGCUCAAGAACACCACCACGGGCCUCGGUAUCGGCGUACAUCUCCAUGGCAGUGGGGUUGAUGGUAGGAUCGACAACGACCCAAGAUCCACCACGAAGCUCACCGAAGGGAGGGAUGUAGAUGAAGAUGGGCUGCUCGUACUUGACGAGGGCAUCGACGAUGAAAGAACCGUACUUGAGGACCUCGUUGUACAUGUCGCGCUGACCACCAGAGAAACCACGCCAGUUGGCAAGGAUCAUCAGAGGAAGCUGCUCACCGUUGUUGAAGUCGUUGAUAGCCUGGGCAUCAGGGUUGGCAGGGUCGGCAGGAGUGAUGUUCUCGACGGAUCGGACCUCGACACCGAUAACACCCAUAGGGAUACCGCCGAGACGAGCACGACCAACGACAACAGUCUUGGCCCAACCACCAAGAGCCUCGACGAAAGAGUCCUUGUCAAAGAGACCAGACUCGAAGCCGUUCUCACCUUCACGACCACCGAUCAACCAUCGGACAUCGUAAGGCUGCUUCUGGGGAGGGUAGUAAGUCACAUCACGGUUCCAGUCGUCGACGCUGGGGCUGACAGGAACGGGGCUGUUGCGCUUCUCGGGUACAAAAGACAUCCACUCGAGAAUCUUAGAGACACCAGCAAAGUCAUCGUUGGCAGUCAUGUUGGAGGUGUAAACCUCACGACCAAGCAGAUUGUUGAGGGCAGCAGCACCAGUCAGGAUGAUGGGCUGACCCUCAAUCUGGACAGCACGCUGGCCAAGACGGACAAGGUAGGCACCAAUACCAACGGAUCGGCAAGUUACCAGAGUGAUGGUAAAGAUGUCGUUGUAAGCGCGGCUAGUGGCACCAGCGAUGAGACCAGAGCCACGCAGACACUCAACACCAAGACCCUCCUCCUUACCGAUAAUGGUAACAAUCUUGUGUCGCUUCUCGCCAUCCUCAGUAACCUCCUCAGUAAUGACAUCCUUCUCGAAGCGAGUCUUGGCCUCGUCGUCAAGGUAGAGGUACUUGAAGCCAGCGUCCUGCUUCUCAGGGUUGUUCCAGGCAACCUUGUAGUGGCCCAUAAGCUCAUCGGCAAGGCCGAGACGAGCACCAGAGUUGGCAGACAGGUAGAUACGGGGGAUACCAAGCUUACGGGCAAGCUCAGUGAUAUCGUUGGCGAUAACGAUAAAUCGUCGGCCGUUGGGGUACUCAGGGGUGCGAGCCCUGAAGAUCCAACCAACCAUACCACAAGUGUUAUCCUUGUCGUCCAGAACAAGCUCGGUGAAGCUGAUGCAAUCACCGGUCUUGGGCUGCUGGGAAGCCAAGCUGGGCUGAGCCUUGACGGCCUUGGUCCAAGUGUUCUGGAUGGCCUGGCGGAAAAGCUCAGGGAAAUCGUAAACGUACUGAGUUCCCAUACCGUGAGCGUCGUGACGCUUGGGCUGGAGCCAGUUCUUGAUGGCGUAAGGGGUAGAGACGGGCAUCAAGUGCAUGGGACCCUUCUCGUGAGUGCCUCCAAUGCUGUGGAAGACCCACACACCCUUCUCCGACUUGCGCUCAGCGUACAUGUCGACAUCGACGACGUAACCAGAGGUGUUGGUGAUAACAACACGGAGAGGGUAGGGCUCGCCGGUCUGGGGAUCAGUGCAGAUGAUGCGGAUCUCGACCUGAGCGAUGCGGAGUCGCCAAGCACGGAUACCAAAUCGGUCAAGGAAGCCUUGGAGACUCUCCUCGACCUCCUUGGGCUGAAGUCCGAACACGGGAGAGAAGUUGAUGAAGACGUGGUUCAGAUCAGAGUUGUUGUUGCCGAUAAUCUCGAGAGCGUCAAAGAUAUCGUUGACAACACGGUCAGCCUCGGAGAUGAGGUACUCAGCAGUAGGGAUCUCAUCUCGGAGACGGCCAGGUCGGAUGACAGCACGUGUGAAGUAUCGCUUGUCAGUGUCAUGCUUCUUGCCAAUACCCUCGUAAACGUGGAUGCUCUUGUUCUCAGUGAAAACAGGCUUGAUGUUGAACUUGCUGAGACGAGCAAGCUCAAGCUGGAAAGCAAGGGCAGGCUCGCUGUGACGGAUACUGUCGUCCUCCUUGUACUCGGGUCCACGGAAAGUGUAGUAUCCGGGGUAAGAGCCAUCGCUGUGACCGCAGAUGAAUGUCAGACGGCGAACACCACGGGCAAGGAGCUCAUCCUUGUACUGCUCGACAAUGGGGAGGAUAUCCUCGAGAGCCUCUCGGUCGUCGCGGCUCUCAACAUCACGAAUAGCAACGUUGAUAACAGCAGAGAGCUCCUCCUCGUUCUGCUUGAGAGGAGCAGGCUUGCGCUUGCCGGUGAGGUCGGGGAUCAGGCCAGGAGUGUUCUUCUUCUUCUGCUUCUGCUCAUGAGCGAGGGCCUCGAGGGCCUUGCCAAUGAGAUCCUCGGCCUCAUCGAUGUACUUGCAAGGAACAAUGACACCCUUGCGAGUGGGCUCAUCCUCCCACUUGCUGUUAAGGUAGGACAUGUCGCUGAUGGAGUGGAUUCGCUUGAAGUUGAACUCGCCUCCGCUGGGUGUAGCAGGGGUAGAAGGAGCAGCAGACUGAAGAGGAAGACCGAACUCAGACUGGCCAAGCUUUCGGAGCUGGAAGUCCCAAGAGACGAACUGAGGGUUGUCGUUCUCAUCCUGGUGGUACUCAAUCUGCUUGAGGAGGUACGCACGGUAGGCUCGGCGAACGUAAACCUCAAGAGAGGCCAGAGACACCCAAGGAUCAUCGUGGGCGAAGAACAUGGUCAAGACAUCAAAGACAGUGUACUUGGAGUCAACGACCUCCUUGAUGAUAUCAAGGCUAGGCUCACGGUGGUCCCAACCAGUUUCACCAUAUCGAGACUCAACGACGGAAGAGCGAAGGAUGUGCUCCAUCUGGGAAGUUCGCUCCUCAAGAGAGGGGAGAGCACACUGGAUCAUGAUCUCACGGGCCUUGAGGGAAACCUUGGAGGUGUGUCGGGACUGAAGCUCGGUAAGAAGACGGAGGGUCUCACGGAGGUUCUUGGCGACGUUUCCAGCCUUGGGCUUGUUGGGUCGGUACUCCUCAAGAAUAGCAAGGAUGAGAGAGCUCUUAGAGCUGACGCGGCUAUGAGACAGAACAGUGUGGACAACCUUCAUGAUAUCAUCCUUGUGCUGGGCCUUGGCAGGGAAGUCGGAGUUGCGAGACUUGCCGCGCUCAAUGAUCUGGGUGAACUGAGCAUCGAGCUUCUGAGGCAUACGAGAGUGGAGGGCGGAGAACUGAGCGUUCCACUCGCUGUAGGGAAGCUCGGUGUCGCGGAGGACCUCGAUGAGCUCCCUCAGGGUGCUGGCCAUGAUAACAGAGUUGUCGUAACCCAGAAGAAUGUUCUGGAGGGUGUUGUAGAGGAGAGAGAAGCGCUGAGCGGGCUUGGCACCGACAACAACAGGCUCGCCGUAAGGGGGAAGCUUGUCGACGAAAGCCUGAGCCUGCUUGACGCGGCUGGGGUCAUCGAGAGCAAGGAUACCGAGGAUAUCACCAGCCUCGAGGGUGGCUCCGGGCUGCUUGAUGAGCUGGACAACACCAUCCUCCUGGGCAAGGAGAGGCAUGUACAUCUUCAUGACCUCGACCUCGGCAAAGGCCUGACCAGCACGAACAUGGGAACCGUUCUCGACAGAAUACUUGACAAGCUUACCAGGGCUAGGAGAUCGGAGCUGGGUGGGGUCGUUCUCCUGCUCGAGCAAGCAAGUCUUGCUGUCAACGGACAAACGGGUGGCGCCAACCUCUUCCUUCCAGUAGACGCUGUGAGAUCGUCCGUCGAGAAGGACAAGGAUACCACCAUCGCUCAGGGAACGGACACCAACAUGGCACUUGGAACCGUUGAUGAAAAGGUGGUAGCUGUCAACGCUGGCACGAGUGGCUGUGAACUUGUAACGGAAACCCUCGUAGAUGAAGUCGAUGGUGAAAACAGUCUUCAGGACGUCCUUGGAGGGCACCUGACCCUUCUCAAGGCCGGCUCGGUACUCAGUCAUGCAAGCCUCGCUGGCAAUGUGAGCCUUGGUAACAGCACCACAGGUGACAGCAAGCAUGGUCUCGGGUCGCUCAGCGGUAAGACGCUUGGAGAUAAGCUCAUCCAGCCAACCAGUGGAGAUGGUGUUGUCCUCGAAGGCCUCGGUCUCGAGAAGCUUGAUGAGGUACUCAAUGGUGGUUCGGAAAUCACCACGAAUGCUCAGCUCCUUCAGGGCCAUGACCAUGUGCUUCCUUGA